CCGCGGGGGGAAAGACAACAAACUUAACACAAAAAGCAGUUACACAGAAAUGAGUUUUCAAUCUAGAUUUAAAAGGGCACAGCUCCAGUGUCUUCCUAAUAUCGGAAGGAAGAGUCUUCUCCGUAACGUACAGAGAAGACUCACAGCUUGCGCAGAGCGUCAGAUACCUCAAGGAGAGGACGAACCUAGUCACAGCAAAAAUCAGCGCCGAUGGAAACCCUAAAAUGCGCUCCUCGCUUGCGACGCGGCCCGCGCUCGCUACGGGAGCAUGGCCCCCCUGUGCGUAGGCGAGCGUUGUUCCACCGCGGCGACAGCGGCGACAGCACCCACUCAGUGGCCACUGCCAUUUGGCACGCGCGCAGCGGCGGCGUGCAUGCGUCAUACGAAGCCGUGGGUGUGUUGGAUUACGACGGCCGCUUAUUUCACAAAGGGCUGGAGAGCAAGUGUGCGCCCGGGCCACUCGCGCGGUGUCACACAAGUGGCCGUGUACGCGAGGGGACGGAUGCAAUUUUUUUUUAAAUGUAAUCCGCCGCAUGAUAUGCGCGUCUCUUAUAAAGCACUUGAGCGGGAUUGCUUGUCCCCAGCGUGAUGAAUAUAAUCGUAAUUUUUGAAAGUACUUAACCUAGCGACACGUUAAACAAAACUAUGGGUACGUGGCACAGGUGUGCCGUAGCUAUUUGAGAAUGUCCGGCAUGGAUCGGCUACCGAUGAAAACGCAUGGACACUUGAUAGGACAAAUCAAGGGAAAAUCCGAGAGAUUUUAAUGCAUUCUGAUAAAAGACGAUGGCUUUAGAAUGCAACAAAGGCAAAAUAUAAAGCGCAAAAAGAAAUACAAAUGCAAAGAGACCACCAAGCUCCUUUGAAGAUACGACCACCUGAACACAUUGGAGAACAUUGGAGAACAUUGGAAGAAGCGAUGAAUCUGCAAUCAUAAAAGAGAAAAGAAACACCAAGAUUGUUUCGGUCCUAAGUCAGCAUUUAGCUGCAAGCGAGACGCCCCAAGAAAGAAAAAAAAAGCGGCUAAAAUAUCUCCAAAAAGAGUGUCCCCCGUUCUGCACAACAAAUAUAAAUAAACACUCACUCGGAUGCGCGGCGGAGAAAAUCUCAGCUAGCGUGUGCAACAAGAUACUGCGUAAGAAGAGCGAAUGGUCGAGCGUGUGCAUUAGCCAUCCUAUCUAGCGAGCGAGCGAGCGACAAAGUGAGCGGGCGUAGAGCGAGAGAGAGAGAGAGAACAGUCGUCGACAGCGGGAAGCCUCUGGCUGUCAGGACGCGUCAUGGAUCUCCAGCAGAAUGCCGAGUCGGAAUACAGCGAGGCGUCCGAGACGGACAGCUCGCGUGGCGAGGACCCAGAGGGCGGCUACGACAGCGGGGCCAGCACUCGGCCGGCCGGCAGACCCAGCGGCCACCUGGAGGACGUGCAGCAGAACACCAUGGUGGUGCGCGUGGGCAUCCCGGACCUGCAGCAGACGAAAUGCCUGCGCUUCAACCCCAACGCGACCGUGUGGGUGGCCAAGCAGCGCAUCCUGUGCACCCUCAACCAGAGCCUGAAGGAUGUUCUCAACUACGGGCUCUUCCAGCCGGCGUACAACGGGCGAGAGGGCAAGUUCCUGGACGAGGAGCGGCUGCUGCGUGACUAUCCGCAGCCCAUCCACUCCGGGGUGCCUUACAUCGAGUUUCGCUAUAAAAAGAAAAUCUACAAGACCCUGGUGAAUGAAAAACAGCUGGCCAAGCUGCAUGCUAAGGUGAACUUGCGGAGGUUCAUGGAUUACAUCCGGCAGCUGAGCGUCGAGAAGGUGUUCAAGAUGCUCGAUCGGGGCUUGGACCCCAAUUUCCAAGACUCGGACACGGGAGAGUCGCCGCUCACCAUGUCGGCGCAGCUCACGAGCGGCUCCGACAUGAUCGUCACCCUCCGGAACGGCGGCGCGCAUCUCGACUACCGGGCGCGGGACGGCAUGACGGCCCUACACAAGGCCGCGCGCGUCUGGAACUACAUCACGCUGCGGACGCUGCUGGACCUGGGAGCGUCGGCCGACUACAAGGACAACCGCGGGCUGACGCCGCUGUACCACACGGCCGUGGUGGGAGGCGACCCACGCUGCUGCGAGUUGCUGCUGCAGGACCACGCCACGAUCGGCUGCGAGGAUGAGAAUGGCUGGCACGAGAUCCACCAGGCGUGCCGUUAUGGGAACGUGCAGCACUUGGAGCACCUGCUGUUCUACGGGGCCGACACGAGGGUGCAGAACGCGUCGGGAAACACGGCCCUCCACGUCUGCGCCCUCUACAACCAGGAGAGCUGCGCUCGAGUGCUCCUGUUCCGCGGGGCGAAGAAGGACGUGCGCAACUACAACAGUCAGACGCCCUUCCAGGUGGCAAUCGUGGCCGGGAACUUCGAGCUCGCCGAGCUCAUCAAAAACCACAAGGAGACGGACACGGUGCCGUUCCAGGAGACGCCGGCGUACACGAACCGGCGGCGCCACUUCGCCACCUCCGCCGCCGCCGCCGCCGCCGCCUCCGCCGCCGCGGUGCCCGGCUCCGCCGCUCACUGCCGCAGCUUGGCCCGCGCCGAGAGCGAGAACAACCUCCUGUCCUCGUCCAUCCGCCGCGGCACCGCCGGGCUCUGCGUCAUGACCAUCGCGGCUGGGCGCGCCGGCAACGGCGCGGGCGGCACCCGCGGCUCGGCGGGCGCCAACUGCGGAGCCGGGGCCCAGCGGGCGGAUCAGUGGAGCGGCCCCGCACGCUCGCCCGCGCUCGCCGUGCGCGGCCUGCCGCCGCAGUUCCUCAGCCAGCUGGGCGGCAGCUCGGAGGGCAGCGCCCGCUCGGCCGGCAGCUCGCCGCGCUCGCGCAGCCGCUCGCCGUCGCUGCACCGCGUGGCCGAGGAGGAGGAGGCGGCGCUCGGGGCGGACAAGACGGAGCCCCCGUGCAGCGCACCUCCCGUCGGGGUGGCCGCCGGUUGGACGGGGGGAGCGGCGGCGGCGGCGGCGGCGUCUGCGGCGGCCGCGAAUCAUCAGCAGCAACAGCAGAGGCUGACCUCUGUGAGCACACAGCCGAAACCGGUGCAGAAGCCAGCGCCGAAGCAUCGGAAAGUGCAUCGCAGCGCCAGCCUGGCUGGAAAGGACCACCUCCCCAUCGUGAGCCAGGCCAUGAGCCAGGCCCAGCCGUUCACGCUGAUGGCCCCUCCGCCGGGCAGAGGGGGCCCCAAGCACCGCCUCUACAGCGCCGUGCCCGGGCGGACCUUCGUGGUGGUGCGGUCCCACCAGCCGCAGGGCGAAGGGGAGAUCUCGCUGAGCCGCGGGGAGAGGGUCAAAGUGCUAAGCAUUGGCCAAGGAGGAUUCUGGGAAGGCAGUGUGAAAGGUCGAGUUGGCUGGUUUCCUGCAGACUGCGUGGAAGAAAUCAAACUGAGGAACGACUCUGUACAAGAAACCCGAGAGGAGAAAGCCAGGAGGUUGUUCCGACACUACACCGUGGGUUCCUAUGACAGCAUCGACACAAGUGACUACCUGGUGGAAGAGAAGAGCGUGGUGCUACAGAAGAAGGAGAGCGAGGGCUUCGGUUUCAUCUUGAGGGGGGCGAAAGCCGAUGUUCCCAUCGAGGAGUUCACCCCCACGCCCGCGUUCCCGGCCCUGCAGUACCUGGAGGCCGUGGAUGAUGGAGGGGUGGCGGCACAGGCCGGCCUUAAGACUGGGGACUUCCUCAUUGAGGUGAACGGCGAGAACGUGGUGAAAUGUGGACACCGGCAGGUCGUGGGGCUCAUCCGGCACGGGGGAAACCAGCUGGGCAUGAAGGUGGUGUCCGUGAGCCGCCGGCUGGAGCCCGAAGAUGGCGUUCGCAAGAAAGCGCCGCCGCCGCCGCCGAAAAGGGCCCCGGCCACGGCCCUCUCGCAGCGCUCCAAGUCCAUGACGGCCGAGAUGGAGGAGCUCGUGGACCAAGCUGCAACACGGAUCAAGCCACCAGAGAAGCUGGACGAGAUUCUGGCCAAUGCGGACAAGCCCCUGGGGGACGCGGCGGCACAGGCCGACUCGCGCGCUGCCACCGUCAAGCAGAGGCCCACGAGCCGCCACUUCAUGCACGAGGAACUCAAGUCGCUGUUUGAACGCCAGGCCAUUCCCGUGGCAACUCCGUCCGUGCCUGGGACCCCCAAGAAACUCCCGGUCUCUCACUCCACGGGGAUGUACAAGGCGCCCGCAGACACGCAGGAGAACGGCAAGUACACGGAGCCGCCGAUGAAGUUCGCCUACUCCAUGCAGGAGCUGAACGACUACCAUGAGAACGACCUCGGGGACGUCGUUGACAUGGCCGAAAUCCCCCCGCCCCCCAGCAUGGCCCCUCCGCCCCUCCCCCCGGCCGACUACGGCGACGCCAGCGACGCCAGCGGCGACGACGACGACGACCAGCCGCCGCCGCCGCCGCCGUCGUACGCGCCGCCCGCCCCGCCGAACCCGCCGAGCCCCAUCCUCCCGGCGUUCGGCGCGGCCCACUCCACCUUCCGGCCCAACGGGGAGACGGCGGCGGCGGCGGCGGCGGGCGGCCACCUCGCGCCGUCCAACGGCGCCGCCAGGGGCGCCGUCCCGCGGGACCGUGAGCCGGCGAGCCCCGGGGACGGCGACAAGGCCGACGGCGCGCACGCCAGGGCCCCCAAGAAGCCGCUGCGGCGCAAGGGGACGCUCAUCAAGCAGGGCAACGUGGAGAGCAGCCCCGAGAAGGCGGCGGCGGCGGCGGCGGCGGCGCUCGCCUCCGCGGGCCCCGGCGCCUCGGCCCCCGGCGCCAUCCCGUCCAUCGUCAUCAAGGAGCCGUCGACGAGCAGCAGCGGCGACGCGAGCCUCACGAGCAGCGUGGAGUACGAGGGGCCGUCCGCGGAAGCGGGCGACGCCGGCGGCGGCGGCGACGCGAGGGGGCCCUUUGCCGCCGCCAUCGCCGGCGCGGUACGCGAUCGCGAGCGGCGGCUGGAGGAGAAGCGCAAGUCGAUGGCGGCGCCGGCGCCCACGGGACGGGGAGGCGAGGCGGCGGGCGGCGCGGAGGAGCCGCCGUCGCCGCUGCUCACGGUGCCGCCGCCCGCCGGCCCGACGGCCCUGAGCGAGUCCCCCCGCGCCGACAUGGCCCCGGGCCGCGAGGCGGCGGGCGGCGUGCACCCCCUGUCCGGCGAGGCGCUGCAGCCGACAUCGCCCAUGGCGUUGAUUCUGGCGGCGCGGCAGCGGGCGAUGAACCGCCAGUCGUCGCGCCGCCCCAGCGAUCGCUCGUCGAGGAGCGAGGUCGACGGGAGCGUGACCGGCGACAGCCCUUCCUCCGCCGCCGCCGCCGCCGCCGCGGUCCGCGUCGCCAACGGCGAGAGGGAGUCGGAGGACGAGGCCUCGAACCUGAGGCCCCCGAGCGCCAUCCCGCCGCUGCCGCCGAAUCCGCCGCCGGACGGUGCGCCGGCGGCCGCCGCUGCGGGGGCAGGGGCGGCGACCCCGGGGCACGCGAUCCAGAAGGCGCAGAGCGUGGAGGGCGAGGACGACUUCGUGUUCUCGGACCCGCUGCCGCCGCCCCUGCAGUUCUGCAACAGCUUCGAGAGCUCCGACGAGCAGAUGGGCGACCAGGUGCUGGAGAAGAUCAAGCUGCGGUCGACGAAACCCAACGACCCCGAGCGUAGGAACACGAGGACGGUGAAGCCCGCGGCCUCCAUGAGCCCCUAUGAGCGGAUCCUGGCGAGCAUGAUGCAGAUGCCCAUGAGGGGCACGGCCGCGGCAGCCGGCGCCGCCAGCCACUCGGACUCGGUGGACGCGAGCGCGGACUCGGGCCUCGAGGAGAUGGACAGCAGGAGCAGCAGCGAGACGACGAGCAUCGUCUCGACGGCGUCCAACGUCUCCACCGUCUCCUCCGAGGGCGGGGAGGCCGCUGAUGGCCACAAGGAGCACCACCAGCAACGGCAGCAGCACGCGCGCUCGCAGAUCGCCAACAAGCCGGCGAGGUUCACCAUGAACAACGUCUCGUCGCCGCCCCCCUUCUCGGGGCCGCCGCAGAGGCAAAACUCAAAGGGCCCGUCGACACCCAGCACGCCCGUGUCGCCCGGCGCGCCGCCGCUCGCCGGCGCCGACGGCGCCACGCCGAAGGCCUCGGGCUUCCCGAGGAGGUCCAAGCUGUGGGGGGAGCAGCCGUCGGCAAUGGGCAGGAACGGCGGCGUCGUCGGCGGGAGCCUGGACACGGGCAACGCCAAGUCGAACGUCAUAAACGAGCUGAACUCCAAGCUGCAGCAGAUGAGCGUGCCCACACGCACCGGCAGCCUCCUGGGGACCAGGUCGUCCGGGCCGGCAUCGAGGCCGGCUGGUCCCUUCGGAGCGACGUUCACCGUGCGCCCGAAAACGAGCCAGCCCAUCAUGAAGAUGCCGGGCGCCGCGGGCACAACAACACCAACAACAGACGACCACGAGGCCUCGUCCACCGUCGCGAGGACCCCGAGUUCACCGUCGCCAAACCCCCCGUCACGGCCGGACGUCGCCACUCCAACAACGCCGCCGGGUGCUGUCGGCAACUCGAACCUCGGUCUGGCUCCCAGCCAAAAACCGGGACCCAGCCCCCCGCAAACGCUGGCCCUGAACGCAAAGGCUGCGCCACACCCUAACCCGAACCACGGCGGCCACGUGGUCAACUCCAACCAGGUCCCGGCGGCGGCGGCCGCGGCGAAUUCGAGCCUCAACUCGAAUCCAGUGGCGAGCAAGACCCAGGGCGGGGGCGCCGCCGAUGGCGGCGGCGGCGGCGGCGGCGGCGGCAAGCCAUUUUCACAGAAGCCGAUCGGCCUGUGGAGCAAAUAUGACGUGGCGGACUGGCUCGACAGCCUGAACCUCAGCGAGCACAAGGAGCGCUUUCUGGACAACGAGAUCGAGGGCACGCACCUCCCCAACCUGGAGAAGGAGGACUUUGUGGAGCUGGGUGUAACGCGCGUCGGCCACCGCAUGAACAUCGAGCGAGCCCUGAGGCAGCUGCUGAGCAGAUAAUGACUUCCAGACGUCACAAUUUUUUCCGUGUUUCUCUCGCUCACUUUCUCUCUCUCUCUCUCCUCCUCUCCCUCUCUCUAUUGUCUCCCACUCGCACAGAAAAUGUGGGUACUACCAAUAUCACCGCAUACAGAAAUACAAGAAAAAUGUGUCGGGGGGGAAAAAAAAGUACAAUACCAGGACGCAAAAUAUAUAUAUAUUUACAGCUGCAGCAACGGCAAUGCAAAAAAAAAGUGUUUCUCUUGCUUUUUAUUUGAAUUUGUUUAUAAAAAAAAAAAAACGGUACUCAGUUACACGUUACGACGAACAAGACCUACUUUUUUGCGUAUAGAAAUUUUUGAGGGAAUGGAACGAAAGGCCUUAGCGAGGAUGCCAGGUUAUUUUUUAACAUCCUGUAUUCGGCCCUCGUCGCGUACGAGUUACGGAACCCCUCCCCCCCGGGGGGGGGGUCUCGUUCAAAUGGACCUUUUUAGCACUACUUUGUAUUGCAUCAGAAGAAAUGACCGUGUGUGGGGGGGGGGGGGGUGGGGGGGUGGAAGUUUUAUCGGUUUGAUCGCAGAGGUAGUCGAGCGUCGAUGUGGGAAGGUUCAUGGUGUCCACUGCGCGACACGUCCACACAGCCCCUUGCCCCCCUUACUCCCGAUGAGAAAGACUCCGACACGAGUUCACUUUACCGUGCUUUCCUCUUCGAUCUAAAUUCUGGACAGGUCAACGCAUGGGCAAGAAAUGCAAUACACGGCGGAGGCUCGCCGGAACGCCCCUUUGGAUCAUCUUUUUGUGACCAUUAAAAUGAAAGUGUUGAUGCUUACACUGGACGGAAGCAAUGUAAAGAUCGUAAUGUGUAAAUGUUUUUUGAAAAAAAUUAUGGUAGUUUCCUUUUAAUCACUGGAUCUUUGCUUCAUGCUUGACAGCUGAAAUGUGUAUUUUGUUUUUGCAGUGGAUUUUGGGGGGGGGGGGGAGGGGAGAUUAUUCAGCCAGUUGUAAGACGGGACCCCCUCAGGAAAUAAUGGAACGUUCCACAGUUCCAUGGCUUGGUGUAAUAGGUUUUUUUGGAGUGAUCCACAUUGUGACGAGUCAGUGUAUCUCUUAAAUUUUGGGUGAAUCGGUCUAAGUCUCAACCGAGUUGAUCGAUUCAGUUUUUGUUCCGUAUUAAUUUACAGGCGUCAAUUUGUAAAUGGUGUUAACGCACUGUUUAAUAAUCCGAUGGUGGGGGGGGCUCUCCUACUAUCCCCCCUUUUUGUUUAGCAAAUAUAUAUUUAAAUAAAACAAAUAUUCGUAAAAAAAAAUUCCUUGCUGAGAAGAAUUAAAAUAUUCUAUGAAAGAAAGAACUAGUUUAUGUAAUUUGCGUGAUGGCACUGCAAAGUAUAAAUUAAGUGGGUGGUUUCUUAUGGUUUUGUGGAAUGAUUGAGGUAUAUUGAGCUGUUCUCUUGAAUGUGGGAUAGCUUAGGAGUAAAAUGGGUUAUGAGUUCACGGACUUUUAAAACCAUAACCCAGGGGUGUCAUUAGGGUUUCUGAUGCAUAUAAAGUUGCCAAAUAUUGUACAGUUUGAAAAUACACUACGACACUUGACAGUGUUGUUUUUCAUAUGAACUUUGUAUAUUUACAUAUUAUACUUGGGGUAGUCUAUAUCGAAAAAAUAUUAAAGUACACUUAGAAAGGUGAAGAAUGUACCGAGAUCAUAUAUUAUUCCGCAUAGAGUUAAUAAUCUCAACAUCAUAAGUGUAUUGAUUAGCCCAACACCAUAAGCGUGAGCAUUAGUGGAGUGAAGCUUGCUACAUCUUAUUCAACAGCAAAUACAUUCAUGAUAAUCAAACUUUUAAAACAAAAUAACAAACAAAAAAGUUAUCCUUGAUAAAAACCGAGUUUUUUUUUUGAGGGGGGCGGGGGGACGUUUUUGCCAUCAUAACCAAAAUAAAUUUUAGCGCUUCUUGAAAUCUCAACGAGAGCACGAUUUGCAAAAUGCUUUGCCAUUGUUCAACGCGACGUUCUAACGGACGGUCGGAUCACUCGGCCCGCUGCGCGUAUAAUCCUCUUGGCCCGCUCGUCCGCCCGGUCACGAACAUUCACAGAGUCUCGUGGGCCCUCACGACUCGCUGUCACACGAAAGAGGUUUUGCGUUACUUCGCGCGCCAUGGAAAUACCGUCGCUUUUGUUUCUUGGGCGCGAAAUAUAAUUUGCGUCCAAAUGACGACAUGACAUAUAUAAAUAAAUAUAUCGUUUAAACAUAGUUUAUAUCGAAACUACUUUUCGGUGUUUAAAGAAGGCAAAGGUGUAUUUUGAGGCUCAUUUUAGAUUUAUUUGUUUUUAUGUUUCACCACGCGCAAGCGAUGUCACGUGUGUUUUGGUCUUCCUGCUUGAUGCGUAGCAAUGUUUGUGUUGCGGAUAUUACUUUGCCUUCCAUUUGUCACCUCGUUUGCUUGCUCUGCCAAGGGGCAACUUGCAUUCGACAGCUGGAUUUGUCAAGUGUGUAAGUAAACACUUGUACAGCA